AUGUCCGACGAGGACUACACCACCGCCGCCGGCGCCAGCAAGGCCUCAGGCCCCGGCUCCGGCAAACAUCGCGGGCCUCGCUUCACCUGGAAUCCGCAGUACGAGGCCACCUUCUUCCACUCCCUGUGCGAGUCGGUCCAUCUCGGCCUGCGCGAUGGAAGCACCUUCAAGCCCGAGGCCUGGGAGCGCGCCACCCAGGCCCUCAUCGAAAAGCACAAUGCCUACGCCAACAAAAGUCAUCUCAUCAACAAGACGGACAACGCUCGGAAGAAGUACCGUCUGUGGCGUGGGCUGCGCGAAGAUCCCGAGUUCUUCUACAACGCCCAGACACGCACCGUGACGGCGACCGAGGAUGCGUGGGCGAGGCAUCUCCAGAAAGAGCCGCUCGCCCGCUCCCUCAAAAACCGGCCAUUCGACCAUGAGGACUACUACGCCAUUCUGUUUCCCGACGUGAUUGGGUCUGGCGGCGCGCCCAAGCGGUUGACCAAGCCGCGCAGGAAGGGACAGGACAGCAUCAAUGGCGCCGAAGAGCAGGAUGCCCCGGGCGCUGGCAUUAUGGAUCUCCUCGCCGACCACAACUACAUUAAUCCCACCCAGACGCACAUUCCUCCGCCGCUUCCCGCGCCGGCAAUGCCCACUCCCAUGCCCCCCAUUCCGUCUCCGACUCAGCAGCUUUCUCGCGCUCCACCAACCUCCAUGCCGCCGCCGCCUCCUCCACGGUCGUCCGUCUCCUCUACUUCGGCACUGACCCCGCCCGAAGAGACAGCGCUGCAAUCGCGCAAGCGCCUGCAAGCUCCUGAGGGAAAUGCCUCUUCUGGGCAGGCGGACAAACGGCGGCGCACCGUCUCCUCGAGCUACAUCGACCUCAGCCAGCAGCAGCACCAAGCACAAAAUCACCAAUCACAAUCCCACCACCAUCACCAUCAAAGCCACCACCACCAGGCCGUUGCCUCAACCUCCAACUCGACUUCCCACAAUACCCCCAACGGCGUGCCCCAACCCACCACGAGCAACAGCAACUCCAACUCCAACUUCAACGGCACCAUAUCCCCGCUCACCUCUCUACUCAGCGGAAACGCGAACGGAACUGGAAACAGCGGACCCAACCUCUCCCUGUUACCAGAGGGUAUCCUGCUCCUCGCCGAGGCACUCGCAGCACAUCAGCAACGAAAAACCGGCGGCGGGAGGAUGGGGACCCCCAGCAACAAUAACAAUCUGAGCAGCCUGUUGUUCUCAUCAGGGACGGCCUGCUGGCAGGAGCAGGCCAUGGACAUAUUCUUCCGCGACUUUGCGGGCGAGGACAUGGACCUGCAGCUCAAGAUUGCCGAAAAGGUGCUGGCGGAUGAGAACAAGGCCAUGGUGUUUUGCAAGAUGCCGGAUGUGCUGAGACGGCAUUGGGUUAAGAGACUCAGGGAGGUGCAUAAUCGGAUUGCAUAA